AUGCACCAAUCACCGAACAAUACAUACACUCCUCAGGAGUCCUUCGAACUUGUGUCACGCAUGGGCGUCAAGAAGGCGUAUAUGCGCAUCGACAAGAGCUUCCUUAGUGCCUGCUCAGCUGGCAUGAUCUUAUCCUUCGCAUGCGCAACGCUCAUCUCGACAAAUACGGCACCAUGGUACCAGGAGAACGCUCCAGGUCUCAUCAAGACAAUUGCGGCACUUGUGUUUCCAUACGGGUUAGUCAUUGUGCAGAUGACAGGAAGCGACCUGUGUACAGGCAGCUUCAUGUACACGACUGUUGCAGCACUGCACAGACGACUCAGCAUCUGGCGGAUGUUGAGGCACUGGGUUGUAACUUUCUUUGGAAACCUCGCCGGAAGCUUGUUCGUGUGUUGUGUGAUCGUUGGAUAUGGUGGACUGUUCGAGGGGAAGUUGUAUCGAGAAGAGUCGCUGCACUUCGCGUAUAAGAAGCAAGUCGAACCAGAGUGGUACCAAAUUUUCCUUAAAGCUAUCGGUGCGAAUUGGUUGGUGGUAGGGAUAUGGUGGCCAACGUUCGCAUUUGUAUCCUUGGGCUUCGAUCACGUUGUCGCCAACAUGUUCUUGAUACCGAAUGCCAUCUUCCAUGGCUCGCCCGACAUCACUAUCGGCAUGUAUAUCUGGAAAGGCAUUGCUCCGUCACUACUUGGGAAUAUUGUUGGUGGCGGUUUCUUCGUCGGAGUUCUCUACUGGUAUCUACACAUCCAGGGUCAAGACGACACUCUCAUUGACGGUCAUCGCUACGAAUCGAUAAGGAGGUCGUCGCAAGACUUGGGAAGAUGGGUGAGGCUAAAGGAAAGAAAAGAGGUAACAGAAAGCCAAGAGCAGGUCUGCCGGGAACAGGUUUAA